AUGCCUUUCACCGCCAGCUCUCAUCCCGCUUCCCUUGGACGGCACGCGAUCAAUGAGAGCUGGGAUGAUAUCGAGGCCCAAUCACUGGACAAUGCUAAUCAUAUCCUCUCCUUCAGCGAUAUCUGCAAGAUUCUUCUUGCCAUCCUUUUGCCACCCAUCGGUGUCUUCCUCGAGCGAGGCUGCGGUGCAGACCUCUUGAUCAACAUCCUCCUCACAAUCCUGGGUUACAUCCCUGGCAUCAUCCACGCUCUGUACAUCAUAUUGAAAUACUAA